AUGUUAUGGAUAUUUGAUGAAAUAAGUAGAUUUAUAAGAUCUAAUUCGUAUAAUAUUAAACAUUUGGAUGUUCUUAAAAAAUUUCAUGAUGUAGAAGAACUUAUUAUUAAUGAUAUAAAUAGAACAGGAGAUGAAGAGAGGAAAAAUGUGAAAUAUUUGCAUGAUUUUAUUAAAAACUAUGAAAAAAUUGAAGAAAAUAUAAUUUCUGAUAAGACUAAUUGCGAAAUUUAUAGAAAAUACCUUGAAUUUAUUAAAAUAUUAUACAAAAAGCAUAAAGAGGAAUGUUGUAAAUAUUGGAACACAGAAUGCCAUAAAUAUUUUAGUUGUGACCCAUUUUAUGAUCCAAAUAAUCUCUUGUCUGUAUUAGAAAGUUGUGAAAAUGGAAAAUACAACCAAAUGUCAAGCGCAAAAGUUAAAUCUGGGUCUAAGGAUUCCACAGAAGAAUUUAAUAUGAAAAUUAAAAAUGUAAGGUGUGUUGCUUAUAAGUACGAAGAUUAUGGAUUUCUUUCAUGUUUUGACUCGCCAUUAACCCAUAAUGUUACAAUUAAAGGUAAUGAAAAGUUAACUUCGGAAACAAAAUAUGAAACAAACAUUGCAUCAAGAAGCAGGGGAUUAGAAUUUUUCACUAGGUCAUCAAUAGGAAUACCAAAAAAAUUAUAUCCAAUUAAGAAAGAUAAAGAAAAAAGAAUAAUCAGAUGAAUGAAAAACUCAAAGUGCAAUAUUACUCAUCAAGAUAAAGAUAAAGGUGUCGUAGUAUUGAAGUGUAAGGAUAAUUCUUCUACUCAAAAUACUAAUAUAGUUCAUGAUCAGGAAAGUGAAGGGGAAGAAGUACUUGAAGAUGAGUCCACAAAAGAAGAAAGAAAUAAGCGUAAGGAAACAUUAGCAUGGAAAGGAUUAAAACAUUCUAAAGAAGAAGCUUGCACUACUGAUUUAUUAGGAUUCUGUUUUGACCCACAAAAUACACAUAAAAAUAAAGCUAGGGAAGAAAAAACAGAAUACAAAAAUUCAUAUACGGAAUAUAAAAUUCCAAAUGAUAGAAAUACAAGCUAUUUUGAUAAUUCUGAAAAGGAAAAUAGUAUUUUAAAUUCUCUAUAUACCAAAAUAGGUCUAGUUUCUACUCUUGUUCUUGGAUCUUUUCUCGUUUUUUUUAUGUAUUAUAAG